CUAUUCCUACACAUCCCAAACUCCCAACACCCAUCUAUUAUUGACCAAUGGCUCUCCUCUUUUCUUCUAAAAACCCAUCAUUUCUCAUUCUCUUCUUUUUAUCAUCUCUUCUCUUUCUCACUACCCAACAAUGCAACCAUCACCACUUCUCUGCUUUGCUCGACUUAAAGAAUGGCUUUGACUUCCCUGCUUUUUACACCCCCUCUACUCUCCCCUCUUGGAAUUCGAACAAUCCCGAUUGCUGCUCUUGGGAAGGCAUCACGUGCGAUGGACCCAAUGGUCACGUGAUCAGCCUCGACCUCAGUGAGCUCUUUAUCUCUGGUCGGAUUGAUUUUGAAAGCCUCUUUCGUCUUCGGAGCCUCCAGAGGCUCAACCUCGCUUCCAAUAAAUUUGAUGGCUCUCCAAUCCCAUCUGGGUUUGACCAGCUCACCAGUUUGACCCAUCUCAACCUCUCUCGGUUGCAUUUUUAUGGCCAAAUCCCACUGGAAAUCUCCCGCUUGACCAAUUUGGUUUCUCUCGAUCUUUCUCGCAAUCUAUGUAUCAAUGGUUCAUCCAUUAAAUUUCUGAAACUCGAAAACCCAAGCAUUGGAGCAGUCGUCCAAAACCUGUCCAAUCUGAGUGAACUCUAUCUGGACUGGGUACACAUCUUACUGCAGGGCCAGACCUUAGAUUUGCCACUCCCUACUCUCCGCAAGUUGAGCUUACGAUAUUGUCUUCCUUCAGGCUCCAACUAUUCUUCCCUUUCACAGCUCCAUUUCUUAUCUGAACUCGACCUCAGCGGAAACAAUCUAUCCUCUGCAGUGCCCAGCUUCCCGGGGAGUCUCCGCAAGUUGAUCUUAAUAGAUUGUGGUCUUUCAGGCUCCAACUAUUCUUCCCUCUCACAGCUCCAUUUCUUAUCUGAACUCGACCUCAGCAGAAACAAUCUAUCCUCUGCAGUGCCCAGCUUCCCAGGGAGUCUCCGCAAGUUGAUCUUAAUAGAUUGUGGUCUUUCAGGUUCCAUCUAUUCUUCCCUUUCACACCUCCAUUUCUUAUCCGAACUCGACCUCAGCUAUACCGAUCUCUCCUCUGCAAUGCCCAGCUUCCCAGGGAGUCUCCUCAAGUUGAUCUUACAAGGUUGUGACCUUUCAGCCUCCAUUCAUUCUUCCCUUUCACAGCUCCAUUUCUUAUCUGAACUCGACCUCAGCUAUACCGAUCUCUCCUCUGCAGUGCCCAGCUUCCCGGUGAGUCUCCGCAAGUUGAUCUUAUAUGAUUGUGGUCUUUCAGGCUCCAUCUUUUCUUCUCUUUCACAGCUCCAUUUCUUAUCUGAACUCGACCUCAGCGUAAACGAUCUCUCCUCUGCAGUGCCUAGCUUCCCAAGGACUCUCCGCAAGUUGAUCUUAAUAGAUUGUGGUCUUUCAGGCUCCAUCUUUUCUUCCCUUUCACAGCUCCAUUUCUUAUCUGAACUCGACCUCAGCCUUACCAAUCUCUCCUCUGCAGUGCCCAGCUUCCCAGGGAGUCUCCGCAAGUUGAUCUUAAAAGAUUGUGGUCUUUCAAGCUCCAUCUUCUCUUCCCUUUCACAGCUCCAUUUCUUAUCUGAACUCGACCUCAGUCGAAGCAAUGUCUCCUCUGCAGUUCCCAAUUUCAUAGGGAACUUAUCCUCCUUGACGUCCCUGCUCCUUCCAGAUUGUGGAUUGCAUGGAAAAUUCCCUGAGAGUGUUUUCCAGCUGCCAAAUCUACAAAUCAUUGACAUAUCAGACAAUCCACUUGUAGCUAUCAAUUUGCCGGAGUUCCCUCAAAACAAUACUCUACAGGAAUUGAUCCUUUCAUACACUGGAUUAUCAGGAAAGUUACCGGAUUCUCUCGGUAAUCUCAAAUUCUUGAGUAAAUUAGACCUCAAAAAUUGCAACUUGUCAGGAUCAUUACCAUCCUCACUUUUGAACCUUACCAAACUGCAAUAUCUGUCUCUUUCAUCCAAUAAAUUGAGCGGCCCAAUUCCUUCUUCAUAUGGAAACGAGCUUCUGAAUCUCAAAGAGAUAAGCUUAUGGGAUAAUUCGCUUAAUGGGACCAUUCCAUCAUCAUUGCUUUCACUCCCAUCAUUACAAGUGUUGGUUCUCGGAGGUAACCAACUUAGCGGUCAACUUGGGGAGUUUCACAAUGCCUCUUCUUCACAGCUGGUGUACAUCCAUUUGGGUAACAAUAAAUUGCAGGGGAUGAUACCUAGAUUUAUCUUUCAACUUACCAAGCUUGAACACCUAGAUGUUUCUUCCAAUAAUUUCAGUGGUGUUGUGGAGCUAGGCUUAUUUCAAAACCUCAAAAAACUUUCCUCUCUGGAUCUUUCAGAUAACAACUUGUCAGUCCAAUAUGGCAUUGGUAAUUCCACAUUUGUUUCCAUCACCCAGUUUGAAUAUUUGUUUUUACGUUCUUGCAACAUCAGCACGUUUCCAAAUUUCUUGAGAAAUCAGGUGCAGUUGAGGGAAUUGGACCUUUCCAACAAUAAAAUUAGUGGUGAAAUACCCAAAUGGAUAUGGGAGGUUGGCAAUGGGUCUUUAAACUCUUUAAAUCUUUCUCACAAUGUUCUGCAAGGAAUGGAACCAUCUCCCCAUCUUUUGUUGAGUGCCUUGCAAUACCUUGAUCUUAGCUCCAACAUGCUUGCAGGCUCACUUCCAAUCCCAUCACCCUCCAUCCUUUUCUUUUCAGUUUCAAACAACAGCUUCCGUGGAGAAAUCCCUCUAUCAGUUUGCAAUGCAAAAUCCCUAAUAUUCCUUGAUUUAUCUUACAAUCACUUCAUUGGUCAGAUUCCACCAUGUUUCGGUGAGAUUGGUGAUGCCCUGUCUGUGUUGAAUCUUCAAGGAAAUGCUUUCAAUGGCACCUUACUUCAGACAUUUAAAGAGGGAUGCAACAUACAAACGCUUGAUCUCAGCAGGAAUCAAUUAGAGGGCCAAGUGCCAAGGUCUUUGGUUAAUUGCAAAAUGUUGGAGGUAUUAAACCUGGGAAACAAUCAAAUACAUGACACCUUCCCUUUAUGGUUGGGAACUUUGUCCCAAUUGCGUGUUCUCGUCUUGAGAUCCAACCAAUUUCAUGGCACCAUUGCGCAUCCUCUAACAAAUCACCCUUUCCCACUGUUACAAAUUUUCGACCUCUCUUUCAAUAGCUUUGAGGGUAAUUUUCCAUCAAAUAUGUUCAAGAGCUGGAAGGCAAUGAUGGAAGAUGACAAAUCCCAAUCUUUGGUCCUUGGCAAAAUGAUAUACGGUAAUGGAAGUUCCAUAUACUAUCAAAACAAAGUGUCUUUAGUCAGCAAAGGGUUACAGAUGGAACUAGUAAAGAUCCUUACGGCCUUUACUGUAGUGGAUCUCUCGGAAAACAAAUUUCAUGGGGAUAUCCCAGAAUCAAUUGGGGAUCUAAAGUCACUCCUUGUCCUCAAUAUGUCCAACAAUGAUUUAACCGGCGGAAUUCCAACAUCAUUUCAGAAUCUAAGGGAUCUAGAGUCAUUAGAUCUCUCACAUAAUAAAUUGUCUGGAGAGAUCCCUUGGCAGCUAACAGAUCUAACAUUCCUUGCAGUGUUGAAUCUCUCACAGAAUUUCCUCGUGGGAAAAAUACCACAAAGCCGGCAGUUUCUUACAUUUAACAGCGAAUCAUUCAAAGAGAACUCGGGAUUGUGUGGACCUCCACUAUCAAAGAAAUGCGAAGAUGCAGAGAGUGCACCACCGUCCCCUCUAUCAACAUUGCAAUCUGAAAGGAAAUAUGAAUGGGAAUUAAUGUGGAUAGGAUUUGGAGUUGGACACGGAGUAGGUGUAGGGAUGCUUUUCUGGACCCUAGCACUUUGGAGGAAGGGAAGGAGAGAAUUCUAUAUAUUUAUUGAUAGAAUGCUUUCCUUAAUUUUUCCUUCCAUGGUGUUUCCUAAAUAGCAAUGACGGUGAGAUGAUUGGAGCUAGGGUAAAUAUGUUUGUACCGUUCGUGUCUACAAGAAAAAAAAAAAGAAGCUUUAGUUGUUUUCUCCUUUUUGUAAUUUUGUGUAUUUUGCUUGGUCUAUAUGAUAUGUGUGGUAGUUGUUUCUUGUA